UUUUUAUCAGGGAAAAGUCAGGGGACAGUCAACAAAAUUUUGAAAAGUGAUGUCUGGCAAUCAUGUAAAUUCAGAAACUGAUGGGGACACAGAGGCCAUGGUUGUCAUAUUAUACUAAUUAAAAAAAGCAAACAAACAAACAAAAUAUAUCUUCUAUAACUGCAGCUGUGUCUCUGCGUAUUCCCAAAUGAAUACGCAUUUAUUGUCCGUCCUAUUCCUCUAACUGCUUUGAAAUCGGCGAGUAUAAAAAUUGUGUACUUUUACUUGACAGACUAAACUGCCUUCUUGCUAAUCGCUGAACCUUAUUAUCGCGGGCGCAGAUACUAACCCAAGAUGGCCGCCGAGAAAUGUGACGAGAUAGUUCAAAAAAUUUCAGUAUCAUCGGGCCACGAUUUAGUGGUGGCUUUACAAGAUUUAAGCGCCCUUCUGAACAGCCCAUCCUUUGGUCUUCGUGAGUUGGCGCCAUACAUUUCGGUGCAUUUGUUGUUUGGCUGUUUGAGUACGACAAACGAAGAGCAAAUCUUGUUGUGCAAAGGGAUUUUGAAGAAACUCCUGUCUUUAGAGAAAGCAGACGCGGUUAUAACACAUUACCAUGAUUUUGUUAUCGAAGGCUUGAAUCAUUCACAGUUUGAAGUCCGUGAGUUUUGUCUAGGCGAGCUGGAAAGAUGCUCCACAAGCAUCAACGGCCUGUUAGCACUGCUGGAUAACGUGGAUAUCCUUGUUUAUACUGCUCGUGCUCUGAGCGACGAAAACCUCACCUGUGUCAAGCUGGCCACAAACACGCUCAUCAACACCGCAAAACACGACUCAGGUCUGGAGAUUUUGUUUCAACAUCAGAUUCAGAGCGAAUUUGACGAGCUUCUGACGAAAAAGGAUGUCAUUCGUUUCAGGGUUUAUGAGCUAAUGGUGUCAGUUCAAGCUUUGUCUGAGAGAGCUUUUAAAAGCUGUCGAAACUCUGGAGUUUUGGAGAAGUUGACGAAAGAGCUAGAUGGAGAUGAUAUUUUGCUCCGAUUGAAUUGCAUUGAGCUUCUAACGCAAUUAGCUGAUUCAGGAAAGAAUGGGCUGAUGUUUGUUGAAGAGAGUGGCAUAGUAACAAGGCUAAACAACUUGUUGAUAAGUGCCGAGACAGACCCUCUGAUGUCCCUGAUGUUGCCGAGCAUUAUCAGAUUCUUUGGCUAUCUGGCACAAUCCAGACCAGCAGAGGUGACCCAACAGUACCCCAUCUUCUUGCAGACUGUCUUCUCCUUCCUGACAGCUGCUGAUCCAGCCCUUAAAUUGAUUGCAAUACAAACAAUUGGUGUUGUGGCACAUUCUGAACAAGGUCUCUGGGUAGUGUUUGAUAACAAGGCCCGCAAUGAUGAGAUCAUGAAGAUCUUGUGUAGCAAUAUCAACUCCUCUGAAGCAGAUGUAAAGGGUCGAUCACUUGAAGCAUUGGCAUUGAUUUUUCACUCAGCUGACAUUCCUUCUGAAGAUCUGGCAGUGCUCACAAGGUCACUCUUUAGCUCCAUGGCAUCUAAUCCCCUCCAGAUCCUGAUGGACGUUUCCAAGCAGCCUUUUCAAGAUGUUCACUGUGCAGUUUUGAAAGUGUUUAGAAGUCUUGCUAAGUACAAAUGGGCACAGGAGAGCAUGACAACUUGUCCAGGAUUUCUUGAAUAUCUACUGGAUAGGAAAACUGAAACGGACAAAGCCGGCAAAGAACUGAAGUACGAACUUAUAGCAGAACUUGUGAGGUCUCCAUUCUCCAAGGAAGUGUUUGAUAAACCCUUCCAUUUACGGCUCCGUGAAUAUGAACGUGAAGGUCCAUUCUAUGUCCAAGCACAGGCAGCUGUGGCUUUCGAAGGCGCAGACUAAAACUUUCGCUUUUGUUUUACACUUUGAAGGGGCUUUUUCCGAAUUAAUUUCGGUUUGAUCAUUUUUAACGUGGAUCAUGAUACUUCUGACGACUCUUACCAAAAAAAAAAAAAGAAAGAAAAAGAAAAUACAAAAACAAAA